AUGUCAAAUAUGUUUCAGUUUCAAGUUCCAAAAUUAACAAAAUCAAAUUAUGGCAACUGGAGUAUCCAAAUGAAAGUACUAGGUGCAAUUGAUUGUUGGGAACUUGUUGAAACUGGUUAUGAUGUGUCGGUAGAUGCAACAGCUGAAGUGGCUUUAUCAAACGAAGAAAAACGAGUGCUGAGGAAAAAUCGGGAAAGAGAUAGAAAAACGUUGAACGCAAUUUAUGAAAGUAUUGAUGAAUCAACCUUUGAAAAAAUAUCUGGUGCAAAGAUAUCAAAUGAGGCCGUGGGAGAUUUUGCAAAAAUCUCUUCAAGGAGUAGGAAAGGCGAAAAGGUUAAAUCGAUGGCAAAUGAGAUGAAAAGGAAUGGAGAAGUUCUUGAUGAUAUUAGAAUCAUGGAAAAGAUUUUGUGGUCAUUGACACGCAAAUUCAAUUAUGCGAUUGUCGCCAUUGAAGAAUCAAAGAAUCUAUCAUGGAUAUCCUUUGAUGAGCUUGCGGGUUCUCUUCAAGACCAUGAGCAAAAGAUGAAGCAAAGUGAUGAUUCUGAAAUUCUGGAUCAAGCUUUGCAAAGAAAGUUUUCUGUAAAUGAAGGUGAAACGAGCAGCAGCUCACAACAAAGUUCAAACAACCAUGAAGGAUACCGUAGAGGAUAUAGAGGUAGUAAUAGAGGUGGAUGUAGGCAACGUGGAUGA